AAUAACCACGAAACUUGUUCUUCCGGGCUUAACGUGAGCCCGCAUUUCGGUCACAGAUGGCCUCAUGAUGCAGCAGCGCACAAGGCGAACACCGACUGUGAGACCUGUUUGCCAGAGCUUCACCGAGAUUGCAACUCACAGGUGAGCCCGCUGAUGCCAUCGAAUAUCGACAUCCUGAUAUAUUUUCCCAAGUACUCAAAUUUCCCACGCCUGCCAAUCGACGGCAACGACAUGGCAAUACGAAGAGAUCAGAUGACAUGUUAACAAGAAUUUACUGCUGGAUAUUCCGCUGUUCCGCUGAACAGCAUCCGACGCAGAGGUUGAUGAUGGUGCCCCAACUGAGAGUCAAUUCGACCUCUCACGACACGUACUGCGGGUCCACAUGCCGACCAGACCCCCAAUAUACAGCGGAGAUACCCGUUAGACUUCAUUUAACGCUUCAGCACGCAACAAAGCCCGUGUUGUACGUACUUGCGUCUCACGCCGUCUUCCCAUAAUGGGCCUUGGGCGCCGCACUCAUGAAGGGCGUUCCUGAACGGAUUACAUGAAGUCACCUCGUUGUGGUCGCUAUUCUUGUCCGUGUAUGGCAUGAAAGUAUCAAGUCUAUGACGGCGAUGAUCCUCAUGGCUGAUGCAUGGGCGGUCAGUCGGUCUGUAUUUACCACCCCUACGUCGUAUUUUGCCGCCUAAUACUGCGCUGACGCUUUCUAUGGCUCGAAAUCUAGACGCAUCCUCCGUCCGGCCUAGUGCUCGAAAGCCUGGUAGCUUGUCAAAGUUCAUGCUGCUCUACACUCUAUCCGUUGGUCGACCAACCUAACCCGCUGUUAUAAAGCAGGGGCCACUCCCGACGCCGCUCUUGAUGCUGUUCUGCUUCCCACUUUGUAUAUCCCUACUCUAUCGCAAUCCAACAUAUUCCUCCCGUCCUACCAGAUUCCACUCCACAAGUGGAGUUUACCGAGCAAUUUGGAGCUAUGUUUGUUCUCUCACUCGGCUGAUGCUGCUUCUUCACGACAUACACGUUGAAUUGUCAAAACCUACUCCAACCGACCUUCGCGUCGUUCCAUGGAGCUAUGCACUGCGAUGACACAGAGGCGCACGGCUCAGCCACCGAGGUGGAAGAACAUCAGAGGCCGCAGGAAAGGGUAGGACGGAUAGGUAUAAAAAGUCUCGCAUUUCGCAGGACAGUCUUCAGCAAACAGCUCUCGCAGAUACUCAGCAGUCUCCCGCAAAGCCAGUCAACCAGUCAAGAUGUUCUCCAAGCUCGCCAUCUCCUCUAUCCUCGCAUUCGCCUUCCUUGCGGCCGCCACCCCCAACCCCAUCUCUUCCCGUCAGGACUCCACCUGUUCUACCGGCCCAGUCCAGUGCUGCGAGUCGACCACCACCGUAUGUCUUGCACAAGGCUCAUAGCGUAAGCUCUCAGAUGCUCAUGAUUAUACCAGGCUGGCUCUGCCACCGGUGCUGCCCUCCUCGGCUCCCUCGGUGUCGUCGUCCAGGACGUCAACGCCGAGCUCGGCCUCACGUGCUCUCCCAUUACUGCCGUCGGCGUCGGCAGUGGCUCUUCUUGUGACGCGAACGCCCUCUGCUGCGAGAACAACAGCUUCGUAAGUCCUCCG